AUCGAUGUUGAUGUGUCUGUCUCUUCAUAUCAUCCAUCCGUCCAUUCGUCCAUGUUCACCUGUCUAAAUCGUCCCACGACCGACAGCAGGCAUAUGAUCGCAGAGACAGACCGCUACCAGUUAGUUAGUUAGUGCUUACCUAACACACACAGACACUACCGAAGAGAGAAAGAAUCAUACAGAGGGAGAGGGAGAGAGGCAGGGUAUUGCAUGUGUGUGUGUACGUAUCUAUCUAUCUAUUCACAAGUUGGCCAGUGGGGAGGGUGGCAGGCAGUGGGGGAAAAGAAGGCGCCAGCCACUCCGAAACAAUAACAACUCCUGCACUUGCGCUUAAUUACCGCCGCCCAUUCCCACCGCACCCCAUACCCAUCCGCCCUCACUUCCUGACCGACUGACUGACUGACUGACCGACUUGUUUGUCACGCCCAUCCAUCCAUCCAUUCACACCCCCCCAGCCCCCAUCACUGGCUGUUGCACAAUGCGUACGCACGUACAGCAUAUGAUUACGCAUGUCGGCACCGACGAAGAACAAACGCACUGCUCUGUCGCCUAUCUAUAUCCCUAUCGUAUCGUGAGUGUCAUGCAGUCAGUCUGUCAGUCAGUGAGUGAGCUAGUAGUAGACAGUGCCCCGGCCGUGCGUGUGGUGGUGUUGCGGCCCCAUCCCGCCCUCCUGCACCCCGCCACCACCACCAGGAUGGUGGUAGGGCUGCUGGGGGUACCCGAACUGGCCACACUGCAUGCCAUACUCGUGCCAGGGCCCCUCCUCGCCCCACUCGCCAUGGCCUGUGGAGGGGCCGUACGGCUGCCACCCCGCAUGGCCGGGAUGAUGGGGGUGGCCCACCCCCCCACCGUCCUGCCACUCUGGGACGCCCAUGCCGAAAUACCCACCCUGAUGAUGCGACGCAUACGGGUCCGCCAUGCCGUUGUCGGCGUAUCCGUGGUGGUAGCCGUUGUAGCCCUGGAAGGGCGAGGGGCUCAUCAUGUCCGCCUCGUCACCAUAGGGCGAUGACUGCCCGUCGAAGCCGCCAGCGUCGUCCUGCAUGAAGUCGCUCGCCAGGCCGUUCUCGCGCGGGGGCCAGUCGAAGGUGUCAUCGAAGAGCAGACUGUUGGCGAGUGCGGGCUGUGAGAGUGCAGCGGAGAAGCUGAUGGGCGGGGGGGCGCGGGGUGGGCGGCCCAGGAUGGAUCGUGGGCGGGGAGGGGAGGCGUCGGUGGAGGGGAGGGCCCACAGGGGCGUCUCGGUGUCCUCAUCCUCAUUGUCGCCUUCCGUCUCGCUGUGGUUCCUGGGCGAUGCGUCGUGGCUGCCCUGGUGGCUGUUACUGGUGCCCUCCCUCUCCCUCUCACCCUCCCCCUGUGACGACAGCUUCUCCGACAUCCGGCCACUGCCGAUGACCCCCGCCUCCCGCUUCGCCCCCUGGGCCUGAAUGGCCUCCAAACUGAUCUCCUCAAACCCUGGCGGCACUGACGGACCACCACCGCUACUGCCAGGUGCCUUGCCCGCCUUGCCACUCCAGUCUCCCCCUGUGGGCCGGCCCUUGCCCUGCGCAGCAGUGGGUGUAUCGUCCCACCCCGCACUGCCCGCAGCAGACCCCGUGACCGACGCAGACGGCGCCGCGUUGUGAUAGAAGAGCCCGCCGGGACUGAAGAUUGCGCCGUAGUCGAGUGCCGUGACAACGGACGUGUUGCGCUCCUCCUCGCUCCUGCCCUCGGUGACAUUACCGUUGGACGUGUCCGUCAUGGUGGCCAGGGACGAGUUGGCCGGGGGCGACGAGUCGUCAAAGUCAUCGAGGUCGGGCAGCAGGGAGGCCAGAGGGGGAAGGUCCAGGGGUUGAGAGCGGUGGCUCUGCUCGGCAAAGGUGGGUGCCUUGUUGCCCACGGGAGGGGGCUGCAUGUCGGGAGGGGGCUGUGGGGGGGCGGAGGACGGCUUGGACAGCGACGGGUCGCUCAGCAGAGUCUGCAGUAGCUCCAUGAGCUGCUCUGUAGUGCUCGUUGUUGCCCCCUGCCCACCGCUGCCACUUUGCGACCCACCGGGUCCCGACGCGCGAGACGACGCGCCAUUGACAUUGCCGCUACUACUGCUGCUGUUGGUGGUGGCAUGUCUGAGAAUGGACUCGGGAAUCUGCUGUUGGAUGGACGGCAGUUGGGGGCUGGCGCGUGGGACGGCCAUGGGCGGCAUGGUGGGGCGGCCUGGGAUGCCCGCAGUGAGGGGUGAGGACCGGGGAGGGGAACUGCUCAACGAUGCCAUGGAAGGGGCGGACGUGGGCGCACUCACUGGAGACACGCCUGAAUGGAUCGAUGAUCACCACAUCAUGAGAUGACAUUCAUGAAGGCAGGGUUGUGGGGAUGUCUCGUGGCGUGGUCCCCACCCACCCACCUGUUGGUCCCUCUUGCUCCUGGUUAUUGUUCUUGUCGCUCUGCAAAAAGUCCGCAAACGACUCGAGGAACCGCAUGAUGUCUGAACUCAUACGCACAGGCGACUCGUCGCCCCCGCCCUUCUGACCAUCACCACCACCACCACCACCCACGGCUUGCCUCCCUUCAGCCGCCCCGUUGUGCACCGCACCCGAUGGCCCGCUGCCGUAUGACGAUGGGGAGAUGGAUUGCGGCACGGUGGGCUUGGUGGCCGCCGCUGCCUUGCCCGCCUGGCUGGCGUCCUUGGUGGGAGAGGACGACAGAAUGCCGACCAGUGUGUCGACCAGGGAGGCCACCAGCCCGUCGCUGGUCCCCGACUGGGACCCUGGGGCGGUCGAUGACGCCGACGCCCUGGCGAUGCCGCUCGCGCCAGUCAGUUGAGACAUGGCGCUGAGCGACGGGUUCUGGGUCUGGGGCUGCACGAUGGGCUUGGCAGCCUGCGUCUGGGGGUGGGGGUGAGCCUGCUGGACAGAGCUGAGGGCAUUGCCUAUAGGAUUCCAGUCGGUGGGUGGCGCCGAGCCGCUGGCUGUGGCGGUGGCAUGGCGCAUGUGUGGCGGAGGGGGCUGCUGGGGAUGUUUGGGGAUGGGCGAGAGUGAUGGUGGCGAGAAGGGAGGGGGCGGGGGCAUCACCACCACUCGGGGAGGCACGUAGGGCGCCAGGGUCAUCAUGUUGGUCGUGCUGCUGCCGUUGGUGGGGGUGAGGGAGGCCAGGAGGCUCUGCAGCUCGGGUGAGAGGGGAGGGGGGCCGCCUGACGGCAUCUUGACCUGAUUCGUUGUUGUGGGGGAUGGCUUUGGGGCUGCAUUCUGCUUGGUGGUACGGUUGGCAGGUGCUCCGAGGGAAGCGAGCAGAUCCAUCACCUCCUGCACGCGACGCUGCGUACCUGAACAAGGAAGGCAAUCAAACCAGAAAUCAGACAAUCGAAGCGUUCGAGAGAAAUGGUAGGCACGGUUGUUCGCUGUUUGUUGUUGAGUAAUGCUGUCUUGUGUUGUGUGGUGCUGUUUACUUUGCAGUGUGAGGUCGAGUUGCAUCUGCAUUUGGUCGAACUGGUGUAUGGUGUUGUUGGUGCUCUCUUCCAGCUUGUUGAGCCGCCCCCCCCACUCACCACCCCACACCUCCAACUCGCGAAGGAACCCAUUCAGCGCACCACCACUCGACUGACAACACACACAAAGGGCAGAAGGGAGUGGAGGGAGGAAGGAACAUGUGCUGUGCACAAGCCGCAGUGGUGUUUGGGGGUGUCUGUAUGUCUGAGUACGGUACCUGCUGAGUAGGGUGGUGUUCUGUAGUGUUGGGCUUGGAUCUGCUGGUGUCCGCAGCGGACUUGAGGGCGUCACUGUCACCCCUGACAUCGGCCUCUUUCUCAUCAGCACCCUCACCUGCACGUCACAUACAUAGACCACAGCCAACAGCGCAAAUGAGGGAAAAGAUAUACCCUUGCCCUGUGUCCCCAUCCUCUCUCGUCCCAUCCCCCGCCUCUCGACUUGCUCACCAUCUGUGGCCUUCGCCUCCUUCCCAUUGGUCGUUUUGACCGCCCCACCGCCCCCCUCCCCACCCUCGCUCCACUCUCCCUCACCCACUCCACUUUCCGACACGCCAUGCACCUCUUUCGCAGCAUUGGCACCGCUGCCCGCAUCGACGCCCUUGCUGUCGUCACACAUGUCUCCAUCAGCCAGUGGGUGAGGGAGGGGGAGUGGUUCGGGUCCAGUGCCGAGGUCGUUGGCGCCUUCAUCCCGGCUCUCGGGGGUCGUGUGGGUCUCCUCCUUGGCCGCAUCGCCUCCCUCCUCAUGACUCACCACCGCCCCAUCGCCUUCGAGCGUCUUGACGCAGCCCUUGGCCAUCGGAUCGACAUGAGCAUCCUCCGACAUCGCCGUGGGCUCGCUCAUUGGGCCUCACCAGCCUCCAACAAACAUGGGCGUCGGCAACUGCUAUGAAUAUGCUGACGUCGACAAAGGCUAUGCAGAGCACCCGAAAGAGGAGCUCGG